AGGAACAUUCCCGAUAGCAGGAGACCCGAGUGUUUAUCAGAGCCUAACGUAGUAGUUUCAGAGACAGUUUUGUCUGACUGAAUGUGAGAAUAGCGAAUCAAGUUGUAGAUGUAGUCUGUAUGGUUGCAGUUCCCGCUGUUUAGCCUCCAAGAGAGUUUAAUACCUAACAAUGGCGAUCGCUCGUUCCACUUUACUCGGUUGAAAACCCUGCUGCGCAGGUGCUUCGCCACUCUCUCUUUGCUGGAAAAGCGAACGAACACCUGAACGGUAUCCGGUUCCGGAGCCGGACUCAAGAUUACGCCGAAACCGGGCACAUCUGCCACCAUGGGCGAACUUUGGGAUGGCCAAAGUUUAAUCCUCGGCCAGUACAAGGGGGUGCCCGUGGGCUUGCAUUUUACGCUGCUGAUCCUCGCGCUGGUAUGGGAAAUAUACUGGAUAAGCGAACAAGGAGGAUGGGGGUUCUUCAAGGGCAUUUUCCUAGUACCAAUUAACCUUGAUUCAUGUUUCCGUUCCUCUUGCUGCAGUUUUAUCCUCAUGAGCAUUGGUGCGUGUUUUCGGCAAUGUUAGAAUUAGAUAGGCCUGCUUUUCAAUUACAGCGCAUGCAUCAUCGAUCAGUCUGGGAAAGACAUUAAUUUCUAUCACCGUUCAGACUCUCACCCUGUGGUUCACCGUCUUUAUGCACGAGUUGGGUCACGUUUGGAUGUGCAGAAGACUGGGCGGGGAACCCGACCGAAUUAUUCUUUGGCCAUUUGGCGGUCUGGCCUACAUGAAGCACAGUGGGGACGAAAGCGACCGAACUAAAAUUCUGCUCGCGGGACCGGCAAUGCAUAUACCGCUCGCAUGUACGCUUGAUUACUUAUUAAAAUUUGCGCUGUGAGACUUUGAAGAAUUGGAGGCUGCAAUGCAUUCUUAGAUUCGAAUUCCUGUCUACUGAAAUUGAAUUCGAAUUCCUGACUACUGACCCCAGGUAUCGCGGGCAUCUUCAUUGCGAUGUUCACGGGAGGGCCCUUUUUGUGGUACGUGGACUGGUGCUUCCACCUCAACCUGCAGCUUUUUCUGUAUUACAAUGAAAAACUACGCCCCCACCCCCGAACCUGGGAGCAUUUGUAUUGCAAACCUUUCCAAAUGAAACAUGCGCCCUCCUGCAUCUAUCAGCAUCACAGGUUUCCAGUCGUGAAUAGAAAAAAUUUGUAUUGCAGAAGAUCCGAGGAAGCGCGGCGCUUGUCAUGCAAGCGAUGCUACAAACGUCUAGACUCUGCAUCAGAAAGAUUCAUAGUCUCUUCAUGCAUGAUGACAAAAAGUUUUCAUUUGGAAACUUUGCAUCACAAAUUGUUCCAAGUCUGGGUGUGGGGGCUUUUUUCACUUUGAUAUUGUGAUGAACCUCUUCAUGCCGGCACAUCCGCUCGACGGCUGUUCACUCCUCUCCACCACGCUGCUGCAGAGUUAUUCCACAGACACCGUGGCGAAAAUCUACGUAAUGAUUCAAGCCUUUUAAUUUUAUUCCAUCUAGAAGUAGUACAUGCAGGCAAAGGUAUAUUAUUGGUUCACGUGAAAGGAAGGUUGUGACUUCAUCUCAACCUACUCUUUACCAAAAAUUCGCACAGAUCUGCCUCGCUUUUCCCUACCUGAUUUUCCUGUGGUGGUGGGGCAUUGCAGAAGUAAACUUCCUGGGCAUCCUCCUCGGGCUUUGGCUUCUCGCCCAAACCGCCGACCUGAUCAUCAGAAUACGACAGGGACCCGCUGGACUCGGUAUACUUGAGUAGAUCAUAAGUAAGUUGUUUGCAAGUGAGUCAGUCAGCAUGUCGUUGUGUACGAGUCCGCUUUUGGUGUCCUCAAUCACAGCACACGACAAAAAGAAGGCGAAAAAUUCACCGUUGAAUCACUGAACGAUCGACCUUACUAUCACAGCAAAGCACCCGAUGUUUACAAUAGAGGAGCAGAUGAAGCCAAAAAAGCAGAACCAGCAGCGCGGCGUCGACAUCAGCAGUUGGGACGGGACGGCCCAGAGUUUCUCCGCCACCAUGCCCACCGCGCCGGUCCACACCAACUGGGGCUCCGGCGCCGUUGGCGGCGUGCCGGUGGUUGGCGUCCCCACAAACAACACGCAGCCGGUACCCAUGGAGCAGGUUGAACCGGGGGAAGUGGUUACCUCACCGUACGUUGGGGGCGUAGAUAAGAAACCGGAGUUUGACCCACAGCAAGCACCACCACCUAUGCAGCAGCAGUACGCACCGCAGGGGGGCGGGUCACCGCCAAGGAACACCGGACAGGUAUGAAAAUUGCAACUUUAGUAUUCGUGUGGAGUAGUUGACGUGCGAGUCUUUUUUGAGGGACGCGGCACUAUUCAGUUGAUUUUUCUUGCGUACUUAGUUGUCACUCGGAGCUGCUGCCUCUGUCGUAGCAAGAAGUGCGUCGCAAAUUUUCCUACUCUCUCCAUAGGAAGUAUACGCUUCCGCAUACACAGGUGACCGUUGAGAUGACGGAGCUCCGGGCGCCGGGUGGUGGCAGCCCGCAGAUGUUCUCCAUCGCGGAUGGGGAAGGCUCACAUACGCAGCAAAUCGCAGCGCCCGGAGUAGAGCCUUCGCCUCGCGAAGGCGUGUGAAGCGAGGCAAAAUGAUGACAAAGGAAAAACUACACUAUCCUGACGAAUAUAAGGCGCAUCGCGUUCCCGAGGUUUGAACAACCUUUAUGUAGAAAAACGUGACAAGAAGCUAAGAAAAAAGUUUUUCUAUCCAGUGCAU